GACAAAUUGUACAAACGCUACACAUCCGUAAACUUCGAUUCUCUCAUAUCCGUUUGCAUUUUAAAGCCCUACAUAACGCUUAAAGUGAUCAGUUUGCUUGCCUGUCAAUCAAAACUCGGUCACCAGGCUAGGUUGAGACUGCAGAGCUUUUCCACGUCAGUGUGUUUACCAAGACCAGAUUGACAGCUGCAGGAAGGUGUUCACUUUAUUCACUUAUGGAGCAUUCUUUGAAGAGUGAAUGAAUAAGUAGUGUUUGGAAAUAUUACGUUAUCACGCAGUGGAAUGUCCGAAACUUUUAGUUUGUCCUGUUCUCGUAGUGAGCUGAACUUUGGUCUUCUUCAUUCACUGUUGGCCGGCUAGCCUGCUAGUUUGCCGAGCUAGGCUAGCAUUAGCUACAGCAGGACUCCAUCUUUGAAAUAGCAGCAUCAUACAGAAAAGCAGCAUGGUGGACAAGAAUAUCUACAUCGUCCAGGGUGAAAUCAGUACUGUUGUUGGAGCUAUCAAGAGGAACUCCAGAUGGAAUACCCACACUCCACUGGAUGAAGAACAGGACCCGUUACUUAACAGCUUUGGCCACCUCAAGGAAAUACUCAACAACAUAAAAGAGCUGUCGGAUGUUGAACCCAACGUUUUUCUGAGGCCCUUCCUAGAAGUGGUCCGCUCUGAGGACACCACUGGACCAAUCACAGGCAUCGCCCUCACUUCUGUCAACAAGUUCCUUUCCUACAGCCUUAUAGAUGCCAACCAUGAAGCAGCAGCAGAAGCCAUUGAGAACAUGGCUGACGCCGUCACACACGCUAGAUUUGUGGGAACAGACCCUGCCAGCGAUGAAGUCGUCCUCAUGAAAAUUCUGCAGGUCCUCAGGACUCUGCUGCUGACACCAGUCGGAGCCCAUCUGACCAAUGAGUCCGUCUGUGAGAUCAUGCAGUCCUGCUUCAGGAUCUGCUUUGAGAUGCGUCUAAGUGAGCUCCUCAGGAAAUCAGCUGAACAUACACUGGUUGACAUGGUGCAGCUACUGUUCUCUAGACUACCACAGUUCAAAGAGGAGGCCAAGAGUUAUGUGGCUGCCAACAUGAAGAAGUUGAAGAUGCGUGCCGGUGGGAUUACAGAGUCAUCCAAAUGGAAGAAGCAGAAACGCUCACCGAGGCAGUCUCGCCACAUGGUUCGAAGUCCCUCCGGUCAGAUGGACUCAACGCAGUCCAGCACCCUCAGCAACAACAACAUUUUAGGUGGCGUCCCGUUCAUUGAGCAAGGCUUGUCCACCUCUGGCCUACCAGCUUCAGACAGUGCUGGUUCGUCAGUUUCCAGCCCUACAACCACAGACAGUGGCCUGGACACCUGUUCCAAAGCCGCCUCCAGGGAAGACCUAUCUGACCUGGAACAAUGUUACUCGUCGGCAACCACCCCUGGCAAUGUUGCUACGCUUCCAGGGACUGAGCCCGGCUCUCCGGAUUCACAGUCUGAGGGCAGGCAGGUAGAAACAGCUCAGUCGGCCUCGGUGGAGUCCAUCCCUGAGGUUCUGGAGGACAGAGACGCCAAUACAGAGCAGUCAGACAGCUCCUCUAUCCAUGACAUAGACUAUGUUAACCCCAGAGGAGUACGUUUCACACAGUCCACACAACGAGACGGAGCGUCCCUCAUCCCUUAUGGACUGCCAUGUCUAAGGGAGCUUUUUCGCUUCCUGAUCUCACUGACUAACCCCCAUGACCGCCACAACACUGAUGCCAUGAUGCACAUGGGCCUGCAGCUGCUGACUGUAGCGCUCGAGUCGGCACACAUUACGAACUACCAGUCUUUACUCGGACUGGUCAAAGAUGAGCUCUGCAGACAUCUCUUCCAGUUGCUGAGUGUGGACCGUAUGAACCUCUAUGCUUCCUCCAUACGGGUUUGCUUUUUGCUUUUUGAAAGCAUGAGAGUACAUCUUAAGUUUCAGCUUGAGAUGUACCUAAAGAAACUGAUGGACAUCAUCACGUCGGAGAACAUAAAGAUGCCCUAUGAGAUGAAGGAGAUGGCUCUGGAGGCACUGGUCCAGCUGUGGAGGAUUCCCAGCUUUGUCACUGAGCUGUACAUCAAUUUUGACUGUGACUACUACUUCUCCAAUCUGUUUGAGGACCUCACCAAGCUGCUGUCCAAGAAUGCGUUCCCAGUGUCGGGGCAGUUGUACACUACCCACCUCCUGUCACUAGAGGCUCUGCUCACAGUGAUCGACAGCACUGAAGCCCACUGCCAGGCCAAGGUGCUCAACAGCACUGGUCAACAAGACCAGUCAGAUACCCUGCUGGCAGAGGGAGAAGAUUCAAUCCAAAACCCAACAGAGACUACCACUGACCUCAAUAGACUGGCCAGUACCAAUGGUGUGAGUAUUCCACAAGCUGAGAAUGCACCAGCGUGUCCACCAACCAGUGGCCAUCUGAUGGCAGAGAAGAUGAUUCUGGGUAGGCAGGAUCAAGGGGACAAUGACACCGCUGAGAAGAGAGGCCCAAAAAAGCCUCAACGUUUCGCCUCAUGUUUACCUGAUUCUCAAGAGUUGAUGGACAUCAGAACAAAGAAAAAGCUGCUGAUCACAGGCACAGAGCAGUUUAACCAGAAGCCCAAGAAGGGCAUCCAGUUUCUGCAGGAGAAAGGCCUCCUCAGUAACCCCAUAGACAACAACCAGGUAGCCCAGUGGCUCCGAGAAAACCCCCGACUGGACAAAAAGAUGAUCGGAGAGUACAUCAGCGAUCGCAAGAACAUGGAACUGCUGGACAGCUUUGUAAACACAUUCACCUUCCAGGGGCUUCGUAUUGAUGAGGCCCUGCGGCUCUACCUGGAGGCCUUCAGACUGCCUGGAGAGGCUCCGGUCAUCCAGAGACUCCUCGAAACCUUCACCGACAACUGGCAUAAAGUGAACGGCUCUCCUUUCAUGACCAACGAUGCCGGCUUUGCCUUGGCCUACGCUGUCAUAAUGCUCAACACUGACCAGCAUAACCACAACGUCCGCAAGCAGAAUAUCCCCAUGACUAUAGAGCAAUUCAAGAAAAAUCUGAAGGGGGUAAAUGGAAACAAAGACUUUGACCAGGACAUGUUGGAGGAUAUCUACAAUGCUAUCAAGAACGAGGAGAUCGUGAUGCCAGAUGAGCAGACCGGGUUAGUGAAGGACAACUAUGUAUGGAGUGUGUUGCUCCACCGCGGCGCCACACCUGAAGGCCUCUUCCUCCACCUGCCGGCCGGCAGCUACGACCAUGACCUGUUCACCAUGACCUGGGGCCCAACCAUCGCUGCCCUCUCCUACGUCUUUGACAAGAGCCUGGACGACAACAUCAUCCAGAAGGCCAUCACUGGCUUCAGGAAAUGCGCAAUGAUAGCAGCUCACUAUGGCUUCAGUGACGUUUUUGACAAUUUGAUUAUCUCCCUCUGCAAGUUCACCACCCUGAGCAGUGAGUCUGUGGAAAACCUUCCUACAGUGUUUGGCAGCAAUAAUAAGGCACAGACAGCAGCCAAGACGGUGUUUGACCUCGCUCAUCGGCACGGCAACAUCCUGAGGGAGGGCUGGAAGAACAUCAUGGACUCCAUGCUACAGCUGUUCAGAGCCGAGCUGCUGCCCAAAGCCAUGGUGGAGGUGGAGGAUUUCGUGGAGCCAAAUGGGAAAAUUUCUCUUCAAAGAGAGGAAACGCCGUCAAAUCGGGGGGAGUCGGCAGUGUUGAGUUUUGUCAACUGGUUGACGUUAAGUGGAGCCGAGCAGUCGGGACUCAGAGGACCCUCCACGGAAAACCAAGAGGCCAAGCAGGCUGCCAUCCUAUGCAUAAAGCAAUGUGACCCCGAAAAGCUGAUCACAGAGAGUAAAUUUUUACAGCUGGAGUCUCUGCAGGAGCUAAUGAAGGCUCUGAUAUCGGUCACCCCAGAUGAAGAGACGUAUGAUGAAGAGGAUGCUGCCUUCUGCUUGGAGAUGUUGCUGCGGAUCAUUCUGGAGAACCGAGACCGUGUAUCAUGUGUGUGGCAGACAGUGCGAGACCAUCUCUGCCAUCUCUGCGUCCACCCCAACGAGAGCUGCUUCCUGGUGGAGAGGGCUGUGGUGGGACUCCUUCGACUUGCCAUCCGCCUGCUACGACGAGAAGACGUUAGCUGUCAGGUUCUCCUCUCACUGCGUCUCCUUCUGAUGAUGAAGCCCCCCGUCCUGGCCCGGGUCAGCAGGGAGGUGGCCUAUGGCCUCCAUGAGCUGCUGAAGACCAACGCAGCCAACAUCCACUGUACAAACGACUGGUUCACGCUCUUCUCUCUGCUGGAGUGCAUCGGAGCCGGGGUGAAACCUCCUGCCUCCUUCCAGCUCACCUCUAACACACCGGACAGCGACACAGGAGCCCAGUCAGAUAGCGAGCUGCCGUCUCCUCAUCUUAGUGAAGUGAGUUCAGAGCGUGGCUACACGUCUGACUCCGGGGUCUACACCGAGCACAGCAAGACCAGGAUCCCUCGCUCAGCAACAGAUGUGGACGUAGCAAGCAGUGGAUGGCUAGUGGUUGGGAAAGAUGACCUGGAGAUGAGUAAGACCCCUCCUGUGAACUCUAAAGCUCAGUUGAAUCACCCGCUGGUCAACCAGUACAGUCUGACGCUGGGCCAGGACCUGGGCCAGCACGACACCAAAUCUCUCAUCAAGUGUGUGGAAACGCUGUCGUUCAUCGUCCGGGAUGCCGCCCACGUCACCCCGGACAACUUCGAGCUGUGUGUUCGAGCUAUAAGAGUGUUUGUGGAGGCCAGCCUCAACGGAGGUUACCGCAACCACGAUAAGAAGAAGAGCCACAAGUAUGACUCCUCCAAGUCCCGGAUGAGAAAGAAGGCCGGGGGAAGGGACAAGGAGGGGGGUGGUGGCCAGAGGCGAGGUGGCAGCCGGGCGGCCAGCCAGCGUCCGUCACGUUCCCACAGCGACGAGGAAGAGGACGAGGGUGUCCCGGCCAGCUACCACACGGUGUCAUUACAGCUGUUAGACCUGAUGCACACUCUGCACACGCGGGCUGCCAGCAUCUACAGCUCCUGGGCAGAGGAGCAGCGCCACCGGGAGGCUGCAGGGAGGAAGAUUGAGGCCGACUCCCAGACUCUGUGGACCAGCUGCUGGUGCCCACUGCUGCAAGGCAUUGCGUGGCUGUGCUGUGAUGCCAGGCGACAGGUUCGUAUGCAGGCCCUCACCUACCUCCAGAGGGCACUGCUGGUCCAUGAUCUGCAGACACUCGAUGCAACUGAGUGGGAGUCCUGCUUCAAUAAGGUGCUUUUCCCCCUGCUGACUAAGCUGCUUGACAACAUCAGCCCAGCAGAUGUGGGCGGUAUGGAGGAGACCAGGAUGAGAGCCUGCACACUCCUCUCAAAGGUUUUCCUGCAGCACCUCUCUCCUCUGCUGUCCCUGCCAACCUUUGCUGCCCUUUGGCUCACCAUUCUGGAUUUCAUGGACAAGUACAUGCACGCAGGAUCCAGUGACUUACUGUUGGAGGCAAUCCCUGAGUCUCUGAAGAACAUGCUGCUGGUGAUGGACACAGCAGGGAUCUUCCACAGCGCUGACUCCAGGACAGGAUACUCGGACCUGUGGGAAAUCACCUGGGAGCGAAUCGUCUGCUUCCUGCCUCACCUGAGGGAGGAGCUCUUCAAACAGACUGUGAUAGCAGAUCCAGUACCCAGUCCUGCAGCAGAACCCGUGCAACCGCCACCCUCAGCAGGCCAGCCUUCAUCCCCUCAGGUGUCUCCACCACCUGUCCAGCCGCCCUCCCCAGUCCCAGCCCCCCCGGCAGAGACACAGACCCCCAGCAGGCCAGCAUCCCCCCAGGAGCCCCAACCAGCCAGUGCCAACGGAAACACUGCAGGUUUGCUGCUACACACCCAGAGAAAUAAACUCAGAUCGAUCAGACCGCUCGUCUCCAGUCCCCCCUCCAUCCCCCCCCUGCCCGUGCCACUAACGACGUCCCCCGCCCAGGCUCCCUCCCCGCUCAUCCUGCAGCCCCUGGCCUCCCCCCUGCAGGUGGGGGUCCCGCCCAUGUCCCUGCCGAUCAUCCUGAACCCCGCCCUGAUCGAGGCCACGUCCCCGGUGCCGCUACUGCCCAGUCCCAGAGCUACGAACCCUUCUGACCAGGUCAAGUAAGGGAACUGGAGGCCCCCGUCAUCCUUCAGACCACCGUAACAACUGGAUCCAACAGACUUCUACUACAACUCCAACAGCGCAUCACCAGGUUUUUAAAUGAUGUCACAUUGUAUGUAGAAGAAGACAAAAUAGAUGGGACACCAUAAUUAUACCACAAUAUUGCCCCCCCAAACAUCUGACCUUGUUGAAAAAAAUUAAUAAUUACUGGUGCACAUUGCAUUCUUUGUGCUAUUUUUGUGUUUGGUAUAUUCUUCUUCCUGUGGAUGGACGACUAAAUGGGGACAAUAGGACAUCAUGUCCAGAUUGUUGGGAACAGAAAAUGCAGGAUAAAAGUCAUAAAAGGAAAAAUCUGAUUUAUUCUUUUAAUAUUUAAGCCCUUGUUGUAAUUGACAUUUUUAGCGUAACCCACUCAAACUGUAGAUUUCAACAAGGGCUGGAUCUGCCAGAGAAGGCAGGGAGGAAGGGGGGAGAUGUUAUACUACACAUGGUGAGCGUUUUAUUGGCUGAUCCCAGAAUUUUUAAAUUCAGUGUGUUUUAGACCAAUAAAAUAAAAUACAAACUCUGAUUCCAUAUUUCCCCACCACAGUUUUAUUCCUGGGAGUGUUAGACAGGCGCUAAUUGUCUUAAAAUCUCCUAAAAGACCCAAAGCUAACAAUGUGUUCCUUCCAUCUGUCAAUACUACCCCAUCUGUGGCUCUCAGCUCCAAGCCCAUUGGUUCCUACUGAAGAUGUAAAACUUUAAAAACACCUCACAAAAAUAUAGUUUCAUUUUUAUUUGAAAUGGCUCCGUUGUUUCCUACAACACUGGUCACUGUUGUUUUUAACCAACGUUACUCAAACAGGAAAUAGAGCAUUUGUGGGGACUAUUUUCAGCAGCGGAUUCAACCACAAUUUGGUGCUCUAGUAUUUGUGGGGUUGAGUCAAAAUAAAAUCCAAUAUGUGUGUGUGUUUGUGUGUGUGUGUGUGUGUGUGUGUGUGUGUGUGUGUGUGUGUGUGUGUGUUCGUGUGUGUUCGUCCAUGGUGAUGAAGGCAGAGUCAGUGUGUUUUUAAUAGUUUUGGCCAACAAUGGAUCUCUGUGGCACAAAGGAAGAAGAUAUACCACCAGUUUUGGGUAACAUGGUCUUCAGAGUAUUUCUGUUUUGGCAACCCCCCCAUCCCCCCUCCCAUAGAUUUGAACUUGAUACGACCAGGCUGACCUCAUGGCUUCGCUCACACACCUGUGCUUUAUGCUAAUCUAAAGAUGAUUUACAGUAAAGAUCCACACAAGAAAGUUAUUUCUUUUCAAUUCUGCAUGAGCUCUUUGCCCCCCGACAACAACAAGCUUUGAUUUUGGGCGCCUUAUGAAUUCCUCUUCCACUGAAUCCAGAGGCACCGUGUGCACAUGAAGCCUUCUGAGAUGACAUUCCAACAUGUAGAUACCGGAGUGUGCAGUGAGCUUGGCCCACUGUACGGAGGACAGUUAGAGAUCCAAAUAGUGACUUUUAUGGUUUAUGAUAAGUCUAACGAAUCAGAGUUGAGUAUUGAUGUCAUGUUAUCAUGUUUGUGUAGCUUGCUGCAACAGUCCACACAUGAUUAAUCCCCAGGGCCAGAGCAGCUGGCUAACUCCUCAUAUCACACACACAUCUGUUAAAUGAGAUCAUUACUGAAUACCUACCGCUGAAUUUGUAGCAUUGGAAUACUUUGAAAAACAUCCAUCUUUUUUUUUUCUGCAGGUUAUUUCAAGUUGUAUAAUAAAAAUAAACGUAUUUAUUAUUACUUAAAAAUAACUUUAUUCAUCCCCAGUGGAGCCAUUAGAAAGCAUCCAUAGAAGAGCAGCCCAGAGGGCUACAUCUCGGUUUCCGGCUGAUGUUUGCUCUGGUGCGUUUGGCGUGUAGUUCAGUGCGUCUGUGCUGGCCUGGAUGGAUCUCGCUCCACUUCCUGUUUGUCUGUGGCGUUAAUGCGAAACGGACCACAGGGCUGUGUGAUCGUAUAUCAUGUGAUUUUAAUUUGAAUUAAAAAUGUAUACUCUUCAGUCCAUCUGCUGAGAUCUGUGUUGUAUGCAAUAUCAUUUGGUAACUGUGGUAACAUAUAUGUGCACCAGCAUGUGGGAUUUUCCCAGAUUCAUGAUGAAGUGAAAAUAAGUUAAAGCAGAUGUUUGAGCAGUUAUUUAAAAACUAAAACGACUGAAACGUAGUGUGCACACAGUAACUCUCCCGUUGGCAUCUGCUCGUCACUACUUCGGACUUGUGACAUCCAUUAGAUUCCGAUUUCUUUUGACGUCACUUGAUCCCUUACAUCAGAUCAUUUGACUAACUACAUUUUAACAACAUGAAUAGAACACAUAAAACCUACAAUCUAAUUUCUGAUGUGGCACCACAGCCAUCAUGGAGCUUGUCAGCCUGUUAGUAUGGGUGUGGCUUCCAUUUAUGAUCUACUUAACAGAGUGGGAUUUAGACCACAUACAUUUAGAUCAAUAGUUUUCAAAGUACAGUAUUGUUGUGCUAUAAAUUCUGCGGUAUUAAACGUUUCUAAAGUAUGUAUUCAGUUGCGGUUACAUUUCACAAUGAGGGGUUGAGCUGCUCCAGUUUGCUUCCAUAGAAUGUGUUGAUGUUCUUGCAUGCUGAUUGUGCCUUGUGUACAACAACACGGACCCUGACAAACUGAUGGAGACUAAUUCAUCAUGUUAAUGCCAAAUAUGUGACGUGGACAGCUUGACAUCCACUCAGUGUGGCCCUGGGAUUCUCUCAGUGAUGUUAAAUGUUAUUUAUUGAGUUGGGAAAGAAGAGAUGAACUUUUCCAUUGCAGUACAGUUGGCAGUCAGGUAACACUGCAGCCUUAUAGAGCCACCAACAUGAGACAUUUUGUAAGCUGUUAAUUUGUUGUAGGGGACUCUUAUCAGCAGCCGAGUCUUGCUUGAAAAGGAAAUUACAUGAAUAUGUGUAUAUAUAAAUAAAAGGUAAUGUACUUUUUACUAUGUAAUAAAUAUAAUGUAAAGAAAGUG